AUGGCUGCGACCACAACCAUCAAAGUGCCCCAUCUGGGUGGCAUUAGUGCCGGUUACCGUCUCUCGGGCGACCGUAUCGACCCGGCCAAGCCCACCGUUGUGCUCAUCAACUCCAUGUGCACAACCUCCUCGCUCUACAACACCCAGUUUGACAGCGCCUCACUGACCAGCGCCGUCAACCUCCUGGCCAUCGAGCCCCUCGGCCAUGGAGCCACCAGCAGCACCGCAGAGCACUUUACGUACUGGGACUCUGCCGUCAUGGCGCUGCAAGUCAUGGAGGCGCUGGGGGUCAAGGAGGCUUUUGCCCUAGGCACGAGCCAGGGAGGCUGGAUGGUCGUCCGCAUGGCACUCCUGGCACCUGAAAAGAUCCGAGGCCUCCUGCCAUUGGGCACAUCGAUGGACUACGAGUCCUCAGCCUCUCGGGAGAAGGGUUGCUGGGAUCCCAAGACACAGCUCAUGCCCUUUUACGAGAAGUGGUCCACGCCGUCACCUGACUUUGUCGUCGACGAAGUCUGGCGAGGCAUGGUUGCCCAGUUGGGCUUCUCCGCUGCGGUCACCCAGGAGACACUGUCCUUCUGGGACCAGACUCUCAAGGAGGUCUACAGCGGCGAGGCCGGGCGCAAGAAGCUGCGCAUGGCCCUCAUCAAUCUCAUGGAGCGAGAUGGGCUCCUGUGUCGUCUUCGGGACAUCAAGUGCCCUGUCUAUUGGUUGCAGGGCCCCGAAGAUCCCGUAUUCGGCAAGACGGUCCCCGCCGAACACAUUGAAAUGUUCACGGCGUCGCCUGAGGCGACAUUGACCUUUGUUGACGGCGCAGGUCACUACCUCAAUGCAACGAGCCCCAAGGAGACGGAGGAGGCCAUCCUCAAGAUGGUCCGCAAAUACGCUUAG